CCGCAUCUCGCCCCCAGUAAUUUCAGAAACAAAAAGCGCGCCAAGGCACUUUUUGUUCUCCACCUCGAUCCCAUCUCGAACGCUCGCCAAAGAUGGACAUUCCUAUCUGCUCUCUCAACUAUAAAAUAUCUGGAACAAUGGCCCAACAUUGCCAGCAAUCGCCUCCGGUUAUUCAAAGCACAAUACACUCUACAAAGCAAUGGCCCACUACUCUCAGCCUGCUGCUGCAAACUAUUAUACUCCUUCUGCUCAUUCACAUCAGAAACAACGCGGUUACCGCAUUUGUGAUCAAUGUGGUGCCAUCGAGAAUCCUGCAGUUCAAAAAUUCCGACUAUGUGGCGGCUGCAUGACAGCACAAUACUGCUCCCCAGAAUGCCAAAAAUCUAACUGGUCUUCGCAUAAGGCUAUAUGCCAACAUACCGCUGCUCAACUAUCAGCUGUCAAACAACAGUAUAUGAGCAGCGCUUACGCUGACGAAAAUUUGGCGAAAUACCUUCGCAAAUUCACAUCCACACACUCGUCAUUACUCGGGUGGGCCGGCUUCCAGGCGCUCCAACUGAAGCGUCUACCUGCCAACAUCCGUUCAAACGCUCUCCUAAUUGAGCUGAGCUAUAACAGUCACGCUGACUCAUUACAUCGUUUCUCGAUAGCAAAUACACAUGUUGUGCCUCGAUCAUAUGUCACUGGCCACGAUUCUCUUGUCGCAGCUGAUAUCGAGCGGCGCGAAGAACGUUGUCGUCGGAGUGGCGGUAUUGGCACUGCUGUCAUACUCAUUCAGUGUGGCAGUAUCAGUCAGGUCAUGCCCGUAGAGGUUGACCCACCAAGCAAAAUUACUUGGGACUCGCGAGAGGACUGGGCAGACGUCCUCCGCCACUUUGUCGAGUCCGGCAGGACAGAUUUCAAGCCCAUAUCAACGACCUCGAGAGGCAGAGUCGUCUAUGGUUGAGCUCGCAUUUAGACCAGCACAUGGACACUUUCUUUCUCAACGUGGAUCGUUGAAACACUUUGCAUAUUUCGUUUUCGUUUUUUUGUUUUCGCAUUCGUUUUCUGGGAUCACUCACAUUGUUAUCACUCAUCUUUUCAUCGACGCAUUUCAUGGUUUUUUUUUCUCUUUAGCUCUGCCAAGCUCCUUCGUGUAUAGCGCUGUACAAACAUAUGUUGUCUUAAUACUCAGUUAAUGAACAUGCUACGAAUAUUCUGAAUCCUCA